GAUGUGGGGUCCAAGUUAUAUUCAACAACUCUUCUUCAAUGGAAUUACUGACAUGAGUGUUAAUAUAUAUGUAUAUAUAUAGAUAAUAUCAUAGCAUGCUAUUACGUAAUGUUAGACAGUCACAGCCAAUUUGCUAAUACUCUGCAUCUAGUCAAGCUGAUAGUUUAAGAUUUUAGUUUAUUGUAGUGAAAAUCUUCAGGGAAGAAUCAUAUGUCUGUACGUAGUAGAAAUCAAUUUCAUUCCAUUUAAAUAUCGAAAUAUAGGUGCAUUUAUGAUGUCGGCUAAACGUUUGACAUCGUUAUCUAAAGAAACAUUUCAAACCUUUUUGAAUUCUAUUGAUGUUGUUUUAUCUGAUUGUGAUGGUGUUCUAUGGAGAGAAAACGAGGUUGUACCAGGAUCACCUGAAGCUGUAAAUAAAUUUAAAGAAUCGGGGAAAAAAUUUUUCUAUAUAACCAAUAAUAAUUCAAAAACGAGACCUGAAUUUGUGGAAAAAUGCAAAAAACUUGGUUUUGAAGUAACCACAGAUAAGAUAGUAUGUACGUCAUUUUUAGCAGCAGUAUAUCUUAAAGAAAAACAAUUUAAUAAAAAAGCUUACAUAGUUGGAAGUCUUGCAAUUGGCAAGGAAUUGGAAGAAGUAAAUAUCAAACAUAUUGGCGUCGGACCUGAUGUUAUGGAAGGAGAUGAAUUGGAUUUAGUAAAGAAAUUUAAACCGGAUCCAGAUGUAGGCGCUGUGAUUGUCGGUUUUGAUAAGUAUUUCAGCUAUCCGAAAUUGUUGAAAGCUACUACUUACUUAGCAGAUCCUAAUGUCUAUUUUAUUGGAACUAAUUGUGAUACAGAUAGACCUUCUCCAAAUACAAAUAAAUUCCCAGGUAGUGGUUGCUUUAUAAGAACUAUCGAAGCCGCUAGCAAUAGAUCUGCUAUAAUGAUUGGGAAACCAGAGACAUUCUUAAGUGAAUAUAUUAUAAAAACAUAUAACUUAAAUCCUGAAAGAACAUUGAUGAUCGGUGAUAAUCUUCAAACUGAUAUUCUUCUUGGAAAACGUUGUGGUUUCAAGACAUUACUUGUAUUAUCAGGUGUGACCACAAAAUCUGAUAUAGAAUCUGUCAUAAAAUCGGAAAAAACAAAAAAUGAUCUUGUGAUACCUGAUUAUUAUACUGAUCAGUUGUCAGAUGUAAUUAGUUUUUUAUCAAGUAAUUGAUAAUAACUGUUGAAUUAGAAACAGUUAAUGUUAAUUUACAAUAAUUUAUGAUCAAAUUACAUGCUUUAUGUAUUGUGAACAUGUACAGGUAUUUUUAUUUUGUUUACAUCUUUCACUAUAGUUCCAUCAUAUGUGUAUUGUUUUUUGUAACUGAUUUUUCGUAUCGCUAUAUUAUAUAUAGUAAAGUUAUAUUGUAAUAGAAUUUAAAAAAAGAAACAUUGUGUCAGUAUCAGUAGUAACGAACUAAACGUUUACUCGUCCGUUGGCGCACAAAUAGAUGUAAACAAUUUUUAUUAUCGUAAAAUAAAUUGAUCUUAUUUUUCUUCUGAUAUAAAAAAACAUUAAUAUGUUGAAUGAGAUAUGUAUGAAUAGUAUGAAUCAGUAGUGUGUUUAAAAAGUAUAUAUGUAUAGGCUUUCAAAAAAGAACAUAUCUGAAUAGAA